AUGAAACUUUUAGAAGAAUAUCAGGAGCUUGUCGUGCGCGAUGCGAUGGAGAUCUCUUGCCUAUGGAAAUACGUACAAAUGUUCCUCUAUUUGCUAUGCGCAAUUAGCGGAUACGCGUCCAGCGUUUUAUUCUACACAUUAUGGAUUUUCGGAGGCAAUUGCCCACUGUGGGCGAAAGUUGUUCUACUAAAAGAAGAAAUAGAGUUGGAAAAUAUCGACGACAUAUGCAACAAUUUAGACUGGUGGAAAUAUAUUUUUAUCAAUUAUCAGCAUGAAAAUAUAUGUGCCGUUUAUUUAAUAAUGUGCUUCUUAUCUUGCACAUUUGGAACUGUUUGGUUUACUCUGUUCUUUAUAUGUGGCAAAGGUGGACAUGAUGCAUCAAUGCAAGUCAAUUUUCUUUUUUUUUUUAUCAGACGAACAUAUCCAGAUCCUUGGAGAAUUGUACUUCCUGCAAUGUACUUUAACUUUGCAUUUACAACUAUAUCCAUGUAUGUGGAUUACAAUUUCCAACAAGGAUAUAAAGCAUUUAGCAAAAAUAUAAGAAACGUUUCUUCUGAAAUGUAUAAUAUAUGCGAAAAAGUUGUGGAUGUAAGAAAUAUCGAAAUAUAGUAACAAACAUUCUUAAGGUUCCUUUAGUUCUAAUGAUAUGCAGUUGGGCAGGAGGAUUGGUAGUAUUGCUUUUCAGAAUAAUUACGAGUAAUGACUUUCGAAUUUUAAAAAUUCGAAUUUAUGAAACAAAAGACGAAUAA